UUAGUAUAUAUAGUUGACUUUAGACGUAGAAAGGAAGGAAUUGAGAGAGAGAAAAUUUGAUGAGCAAGAAACAAGGAUCAGUUGCCCCCUUCAACCCCUACUGGGGAUCUAGCCCACCACCCAGGCAUGUGACCUGACCAGGAAUGGAACCUGUGACCUCUCAGCACAUGGGUCACAUGAACCAGGAAUGUAGCUCACUUUAUUUUUUUUUUAAUAUAUUUUUAUUGGUUUUUUACAGAGAGGAAGGGAGAGGGAUAGAGAGUUAGAAACAUCGAUCAGCUGCCUCCUGCACACCCCCUCCUGGGGAUGAGUCCGCAACCAAGGUACAUGCCCUUGACUGGAAUCGAACCUGGGACCCUUCAGUCCGCAGGCCAACACUCCAUCCACUGAGCCAACCCGGUUAGGGCUGUAGCUCACUUUAAUAUAGGGAAUCAUGGGCUGGAUUAUAACGGUCUUAGUAGUUCAGAAAGGACAGUGUGAGUCUGAGGACUGGGUUUCCUGCUGGGACCCCCAUUUGUGGGGAGUUGGGUGUCACAACCCAGCACAGGGACAGAGUGGUCAUGUAGAGAGAUGGGGAUGGAUAAUGGUUUCCCAGUGGCCAAGGCCUUUAAAAGAUGAGUGGACGUGAGAUGAAUUGGAGGCUGGAGAGUAAUUCACACAGGAUGAGGCUAGGGCUGGUACAUAGUUACUUCUCUAAACUUACCAGGAUUUUGCUGUGACCCUUGGUUUGGCCUGGGGGUUGCAGACAGGAUUAACUUAGAAGCACGAGCGGCCAUCUGUGAGACUCACUGAGCAUGUGGUAGAGGGCCAUGGGCGAUGGGACUUGAGUGACGAAGGCUGUGACUGGUGAGUGCAGCUCCUGUAGAGGUGGGCUCUGGAUUUCUGGGAUCUGAUGAUGUUCUCAGUAGUUGAGGUGGAAGGAAAAUACACUCAUGGAGACAGGCCUUCAGGCAGGACUCAAGGCUGCCUCUCUGAGUGUGGACUAUCAGAGCGGGGGUAGUACUUCAUCCAGCUUGAAUUGGCCAGGCAUUCUGUGGACCACACAUGCUGAGUCAUAAGUAAAAGGCCAAGGAGAUGACUAUGGGGGCUGUGGCUGAGGGUGGGGGAGUGCAGGAGUGAGAGAGGUGUGGUAGGAAGAGUGGUGUGCACUUAGGUGGGCAUGUGGAUUCAUGGCUGCAGGGCCCUGACAUGGACAUAAGAGGGAAGGAGGGUUGAGUCCAGUUCUAGUGGUGUCUGGAUAAUAUAUGGUCAAUUUCAGAUUAAUUCCUGAAAAAGAGGUGUGUUUUGGUGCUACAUGUUUGGUCCAGAGCUUAGGUGUCAUAUAUGUGCUCACCUGCCUGCUGUUGUUGAGGGCUGGUACAGUGAUCAGUAGGAAUGAGGUAGCGUACAACACUCACCAGGGGUUGAAAAUCUCCCCUAGGUGGACAAGAUAGAGGGUGAGAGAGAAAUACGUUACGGAGGAGGUGAACUAUGAUUUUGGAAAAGAUGUUGGUUAGGAAACCACCGUCCUCAUGAUGGCAUAUUUGUGUUAUGUGUGACGUUGUGCCUCUGAGGAGAAGCAGUGUGAGAGAAGUGUGGUUCAAGAAUUAUGUGCAGCAGGUAGUGCAAAGUGAUGGCCUCCGCACCCUGGUUUUGGAUUGAAAGGGUGAAGUGUGAAUCUAUGGUUUUUGGUGUCGUGCAGGGACAGUCUCAGGGACUGCAAGGAUAUUGCCUAACGACCAGCGUCGAAUCACUCACCCUCCCUUUUUGGCCAACAUUUAUCCCUCCCCUUGUUGGUCACACCCGAGGUAAUGGACAAGAGACAUUGUGGCCUUUGGCCUAAUGAGGCCCAGGUUGAGGAUAUGAACUUUGAGGACGUGGCCAUUGCCUUCUCUCAGGAGGAGUGGGGGCUCCUUGAUGAGGCUCAGAGACUUCUGUACUGCGAUGUGAUGCUGGAAGUGUUUGCACUUGUCUCAUCUGUAGAUUGUUGGCAUAAAAUGGAUAAUGAGGAGGCCUGUUCUGAGCACAGUGAAUCUGUACAAGGAGAGUCACAGGGCAGGGCUUCUGAGACAGAGCCAGCAACCCAGAGGACCCAUGUGUGUAAGCGCUGUGUCUUUGUGUUAAAAGACAUUCUGCACCUGACUGAGUCGCAAGCAGCAGACUUUGAGCAGAAAGCCUUCUUCAGGGACGCAUGUGUGAGAGACUUCUGUUUUGGUGCAAACCCUCACCGACCACAGAGGGAAGCCAGUGGAGAGAAGCCCUGGAAAGAAGCUGUGGACAGGGCCUCGUUUGUGACCAGGUGCAGCUUCUACUUAUCAGGGCUGCCUUCAUCCAGUAGGGAGGGUGGGGAAGACUUCCCAGCCAUCUCAGAGCUUCUCCAGCACCAGACCCCUCUCAAUACUGAGGAGCCACACAGUGGCAGUGAGAUUUCAGAAGAAUUUCUCAAAAGGAAAAGGAAUCACCAAUGGGAUGAUUGUGAAAAAGCAGCCAGCCACAACCACAACCUUGUUCAACAUCAGGAAGUCUGCUCUGGGGAAGAGAGAGAUGAGUGUAAUACAUGUGGGAAAAUUUUUACAUGUACCUUUAACCUCAAUAGACAUAGGAGAAUUCACGCUGGAGAAAUGUCCUAUGAGUGCACUGACUGUGGGAAGCUGUUCAAUCACAGCUCUUCCCUCACAAGACACCACAGAGUUCACACUGGAGAAAAACCUUAUGAGUGCAGUGAAUGUGGGAAGCUGUACAAUGACAGGUCUUCCCUCAGAAAACACCGCAGACUUCACACUGGAGAAAAACCAUAUGAGUGCAGUGAAUGUGGGAAGUCCUUCAAUGAAAGGUCUCAUCUCACUAAACACCACAGAGUUCACACUGCAGAAAAACCUUACAAAUGUAGUGAAUGUGGAAAAUCCUUUAGGUGCAGUUAUGGCCUCUCUGUCCACAAGAGAGUUCACACUGGAGAAAAGCCUUACAAAUGUAAUGAAUGUGGAAAAUCAUUUAGCCGCAGCUAUGUCCUCUUGACCCACCAGAGAGUUCACACUGGAGAAAAGCCAUUUGAAUGUAGUGAUUGUGGGAUGUCCUUCAGUCAAUACUCUAACCUCUUUAAACACAACAGAAUUCACACUGGAGAAAAACCUUAUGAGUGCAGUGAAUGUGGGAAGUCCUUCCGUCACGGGUACUCACUCACUAAACACAACAAAGUUCACACUGGACAAAAACCAUAUAAGUGUAGUGAAUGUGGUAAAUGUUUUAAGGAAAAUACUCAUCUCCUUAUCCACAAGAGAGUUCACACCGGAGAAAAGCCCCAUCAAUGUACUGAUUGCGGGAAGUGCUUCAGGCAAAGAUCUAACCUCAUUCAGCACCUCAGAGUUCACACUGCUGAAAAACCUCAUGAGUGCAGUGAAUGUGGGGAAUCUUUUCGCUUCAAAUAUGUCCUCGUUCAACACUUGAAAGUACACGCUGGAGAAAAGCUUUAAAUGUGCAGGGAAUGUUUUACUUUUCUCAGAAUAACACCAGAGGAGAUGCUUUUACCCCCAUUUACCUGAAUGCAAACCCCUUUAUCAGAACAUACUCUCUGCUAGAUGCCUCCUAAGUUUCAGGUAUAAGUGACGCUUUCAGAAAACGCAUCCGACUGGCUAACCUACUCAGGCCUACAACCUGAUUGAUGUCACUGUGUGGAAGCUAUUUUACCCUAACACUUGGCUCUCCUGAAGAGUGUGCAUCCGUCACAACCCCUGCAUACUCUGGGGCUGUGCUUGAGAAAAUUAUGAAUAUUCCGAGCUCCUGUGCGAACCUUCCUUCCUUUAUUUCUGACCGGAGAAUUGACCUGAUCCAGGUUUUGUCCAGAGCACCCUCCUCAGCUAAGUGCUUCCUCUUUCAGGGACAUUGUGGGACUCACAUUGUGCUGUGAGGAAGUGUUUCAAGUUCCAAUUCAUCAAUCUGCAAACUUCUUACUGUCCUCUGCUCUGGUUUAUCAUCGUUAUGUAAAGGUGUUUUUUCUUUAAUUUUGUUGGUUCUGUUCUCUCCCUGGGAUAAUUGAAAGUAAAGUUGUGAUGUGUCAGCAUGGACAAGUGAACAUAUACAGUAGGUCCCAAACUUUCUGUGCUUUGGAAGGCACAGUUUGAUGGCAGAAAAUCACUCUUUGUCUAAUAUUGACUGAGUUUGUAUUGCUGAGCAAGGCCUUGAGAGAGACUAUGCAUGACUUUGUGGUUCUAAUCUGUUUCUGAUGCCUCUUGUAGAGGUCAGUGGUCACCCUGAACAGACGGCCUUUAUUAUGCUUCUGUGAACGAUAUGAAGUAUAUUCUCUGUUCACAGUAUGUAUUACACAAGUGUCAGCAGUGUUUAGGGGAACUCCUCUCCACAUGCCCCAAAGAGGCCAUGUGUCACAAUGUAUGAGAUUUCAUAGGCUGGUGUCAUUUGUUGUAAAACUCUGAGGUGGAAUUAGUAUUGGGACAUAAACACUGUUUUCGUAGUCAUAGCAGACACUGCGGUUAAACUAGAUGAAAAGUGCCUCUUCUGGACAUAAGUCCACAUUAUUCCAGGGCCUGCGUCUUGUAUGAUCUUUGAUUACUUUCUGAGGACCUGCAUCACUAUUUCCUGUAGUGGAAGUCACUGGCAGCAAAAUAAUCUACUGGGGUUUUUUUUGGAUUCCUCUGGUCCCUCUAGGGUGUUGACCUCAAGGUUGUUGCUCAACUGGCAAGACCUCAAAGCUAGAGGAAGGAUAAUGCUGUAAUCAGUCCCAGGAUGUGUCUUUUGUAACCAGUCAGCAUUCCUAUUGAUUCCAAUGGCAAUAGUCUUCACUUUUUGACAUUUGCUGCCACUGAGGCAAUGCUCAUCCUCCCAGGAAAUGAGAACUGACAUGCAACAAAGUGCACCUUUCUCAUGUGUGCUGUUUGGUGAGCCCUGACCUAGAGAUAAAGCUGUGAAACUGUCACAUGUGACAUAAACUCACCUGUAACUCAUACACAGGGUGGGGCAAUAAUAGGCUCACAGUUGUAAAUUCAGAAAACACAGAUUAUUCUUUUUAAAAAAUAUUUUAGAAAAUACUUUUAUUCUUUUUUGGAGGGGAGAGAGAUGAACUGAGGGGAAGGGAGUGAAAGACUGAUCUGCAGCCUCCUACAUGUCCCCUACUGGGGAUCCAUUUGGGGAUUUGCACUGACCUGGAAUCAAACCAGAGACUUUUCAGUGAAUGGGAUGACACCCAAGCAGCUGAGGACACUGGCCAGGGCAGAGUUUAUUCCUGUAUUAUUAUUAUUAAUUACUAAAGGUCUGGUGCAAGAAAUUCCUCCUCUGUGGGGGGUGGGGGUAACCCCUUAGUCUGGCCUGCACCGUUUGUAAUUUGGGACCCCUUGAGGGAUGCCCAACUGCCAGGUUAGGCCCAAUCAUGCAGGAAUAGUUGGAUAUCCCUCUCGCAAUCCAGGACUGCUGGCUCCUAACCGUUCACCUGCCUGCCUGCCCUAACUAUUCUGCCUGCCUGCUUGUUCCUCCUAACUGCUCUCCCCUGCCAGCCUGAUCACCACUGACCGACUGCCUCUGCCUCUGCCAUGCCACCGUGGCUUUGUCUAGAACAGUGAUGGCGAACCUUUUGAGCUCAGCGUGUCAGCAUUUUGAAAAACCCUAACUUAGCUCUGGUGCCAUGUCACAUAUAGAAAUUUUUUGAUAUUUGCAACCAUAGUAAAACAAAGAUUUAUAUUUGUGAUAUUUAUUUUAUAUAUUUAAAUGCCAUUUAACAAAGAAAAAUCAACCAAAAAAAUGAGUUUGCAUGUCACCUCUGACACGCGUGGCAUAGGUUCGCCAUCACUGGUCUGGAAGGACGUCCGGAAGAUGUUUGGUCUAAUUAGCACAUUACCCUUUUAUUAGUACAGAUUGUAUCAUUUUCCAUACUGGCAACUCUAAACCUGCUUUUGCCACAUCCUAUAUUUUCCUACUGCCCUGUUAUACUCUCUCUUCUGUCUUUCUUGGCUCUCCAAGUGGUCAUGGAUUUUUCCUUUCUUCACAGUAGCAGAGUUUAUACUGUUCAAAAUUUUAUUGGCACUAUUUGAUGUGUACUCUUUAACAGAUACUGGUUUCUUCCAUGCUAUGCAAUCUAUUUGAGAUUCAACACAAAUGCUUAUGUAAGGCGUUGAUUUUCUUUUUUUUCUGAGUAGUACUGGGUUCUGUGAAUAACCACCUUUUGUGUUGAUCUGUCUAUGUUUUUUGUUAUUUCCAGCUCUGGGGUAUUAUAAAUCUUUGGGAAUAUUUGUGUUCAGUUCUCUAUAUAGACAUAUGUUUUACUUACCAAACUUUGUGUAUAUGAAUGUUUUACAUUUAAGAUAUGUGGGACUGUGACCCGAAAUGGUCAUUCCCUUUGCCUCCCCACUCAUCCACGGUAUAUAAAAAUUCCAGUUUUUCUGCUAACGUGCAACGACAUACAAUGGUUAACCUUUUCAAAUAGUAACCCCGGAAAUGCAUAUAAUGUUAACUCGCUUUCAUCUUAAUUCCAUCUACCUAAAAAUUUUUUAUAGUGAAUAUUUUUUCAUACAUUUAUUUGCACUGUCUCCAUCUGCUAUGUUACAAUGUCAGCUUGGGGCCUUUUUCAAAUUGUUUAAAUAAAUGUAUUAUUUUAACUGAAGGUGGACUGUGCAGCAUCUAAGACAUAUGCUUAAAUUUCCCUCAUUCCUCAGUGACUCAACUGACUUCUUUGCCACAUGAAACCAUAGGUUUGGAAUACUGAAAACAAAAUUGUUUUUCUCAAUUAUUAUGCUAUGUACAAAUUCAGCCAACUUAUAUCAUAUACUUGUAUGUUUAAUUUUCAUUGUUAACAUUUGGAGCCAUUCUGAUUUAAGUCUAAGCAUUCAAUAAUACAUUAAGCGAAAUUUAGGGUUGUAGCAUUUGUCAUUUCUCUGGUGUAAAUACUCUCAUCAUGGUUUUAAACUGCCCACAUGGCAUUGAACAUGGAUGUGAUAAGAUCUUUCAAUAGCAUAUCAUGGUAUUGUAUUUCCCAUACACUGAUACAGUAGCAACAAAUGUGCUCCAACACUUUCCUAAUAACACAGUAAAAUUAUUGGGAUCCUCACGUUUUAAA